AUGCCAUCGCGUCAGAGAAAGAGAAACGAGGAGGUUCCCCAGGAUGGGGAAGCGGAGCAGCAGCCUGAGCAGUCCAACCAGGCUCAGCAGUCACAGCACAACGCGACCGCUGAUGAUGACGGUGGUGAAGACAACAACAUAGACAACCAGCAGCACGAUGGCGGGGAAGGCCAGGAAGGCGGCGAAUACGACGAAGAGGACCCGGAAGGAGAGAGCCAGCGGGUCCUAGAAGACGACUACCAAUCCGGCGACGAGCAGCAUGGGGACGAAGACGGUCAACAACAACAAGAGGAAGAAGAAGAACAGGCACAUGAAGAAUACCCGGCCGACGCCCAGCCACAACAGGAAAAUGAAGACAAAGCAGAGCACAGCCCGACGUUGUCGCAGCCGCCCACCCCCAAGGGCGACGAGAAGCCGCAGCCCAAGUGGAUGCAGAAGCAGAAGCAGAUGCAGAAGCAGCCAGGGCAGAACGAGAACCAACAGCUGCAGCGCCGCCGCCGCCGCCGCCGCCAGAACCGCUACCGCGACGACGAGGACGAGGAUGAGGACUACGACGACCAGGUCGGCUACCGCCAGCAGCAGCAGAUGCAGCCGCAAAACGAGGGCGGCGGCAAGAACCCGCUGAGGCUGAGGCUGGAUCUGAACUUGGAGGUGGAGAUCGAGCUCAAGGCGCAUAUCCGCGGCGACUUGACGCUCGCUUUGCUCUGCUCAUCCACCACCGCGAGCCUCCGCACCCGCAAAUGCGGUUAG